AUACCGCGGAAUGUUGACAGUUUGUACAUAUCCAGUUUUCAGUCACAUCAGUCAGACUCAGACAACUAUUAUGGCGAAGUUGACUGCCAAGUCAGUGCUCAGGUCAGCCUCGGGCAUGGAAAUGCCAAUUUUGGGUUUAGGAACGUGGCAAAGUGUGGACGCGGACCUGGAGAAGGCUAUAAACACAGCACUUCAGGUCGGAUAUCGCCUCAUUGACACAGCUUUCGUCUACAACAACGAGGAGGCUAUCGGCCGAGUGCUGAGUGAAUGGCUGCGGUCUGGCAAGAUUAGUCGCAAAGACAUUUUUAUCACUACCAAGCUCCCUAUUCAAGGUAAUAACCCUAAGUUUGUACGGGAAUAUUUACUGAAACAAUUGAAAGCGCUCCAGCUGGACUACGUAGACCUAUACUUGAUACACCAUCCUGUAGGAAUCAUGCCUGAGCAAGUAGUAAAACACGAAGGCAGCACAGUGGACAAUACAGGGUUGAAACUGGACAUGACAACUGAUCACGUGGCUUUAUGGAAGGAAAUGGAAAAACAGGUGGACGAUGGACUAACUAAAGCUAUUGGUCUAUCCAACUUUAACGUCAAACAGAUAGAGCGUAUUCUUAAAGUGGCUCGCAUACCUCCAGCAAACUUGCAGAUAGAGCUGUACCUCUACAAUCAGGGGAAGGCAGAGCAGCAAUUAUGUAAGAAGAAAGGUAUCACAAUAACUUCGUACUGCACACUUGGCUCACUUGGAGCUCCCAGUGGCUUAUUUUGUGGAGCGAACUUAAAUCCUCUGCAGGAUCCGGUAGUCUGCCGCAUAGCCAAGGCUCACAAUAAAUCGGCAAGUCAAGUUCUACUGAGACAUGUCCUACAGUUAGGCAUCGCUAUCAUCCCUAAAAGUUCCAACCCAAAAAGAAUUUCUGAGAAUUUUCAGGUGUUUGAUUUCGAACUGAGUGCUACUGAGAUGGAGGAGCUAAACAAUCUUGAUGAAGAAGAGGAAGGCCGUCGAUUCCAUAUCGAGGCCUUAAAGCCUCAUCCUGAAUAUCCUUAUCCCGAAUAAAAUGUUCAAUCAUUUGAAUAUUUUACAUGAAAUGAAAGUAUAUACGCAGCGUUAUAUUUAUAUAGUUACUAUAUUCAUAAACACUGAAUCACCUUGAUUCAUACAAAGCAAUAUUAAUUGCAUUUUGUAAGUUUUCCAUCAUUCACAAUAUCACUGCAUUUCAUCUUAUUACGAAAAACUAAUAUGCGUCAACUAAUAUAAUUUAUUGAAAAACUAUUAUUUUGUAAAAUAAAUAAAGUUUCUAUAACGAAAGCGCUUUGUAACAAUAUUAAUUAAAAACUAAAUAAACGUUUAAUUAUUUAACCAUUAAAGUACAGCAACUUUAACGACUAUAAUUAACUUAACGUUUACAUAGCUUAAAAUGCAUAACGUUUUUAAAAUUGUCGCUACAAUAAUAUAAUCUACACUUAAUAAGAGGUAAAGUAGUGGGCAAAUAUAAAAGUAAAAGAAGGGUAAACACUAUUUAGAUAUCAUAAAUAUCGUUUCCUAUUAAACGUGGUUGAAAGGAAAAGCUCUUCAAUCCAAAGACAUAAUUUAGAAUUUUAAUUACUCGUAUCAUAUACAAUGGAUGCAAUAUAAAUUUAUGAAAAUAUGCUGUCAAUUUAAUUUAAAAAAAUCAACUUAUGUUAACAUUUGUAAAUAGUGAGAUAGGUCUUGUAUACUUGAACUUGGAUAAAGAUAGUUGACUAAAACUGUCAAUGAGAGUGUACGAAUAUAUAUCCGGUGUAUUAGUAUAAAAAAAUGUAAACAACGUAAUUUUCACAGCAAUUGUCCUAAAAAACUGUUUUACAGGUAUAUAAUUAUACAAAUACCACAGAUAUAUUUGUUGCGAGUGAACUGAAAAUGUUCUUUUCCUGGUUGUUGUGCAGGAUUUAGGUUGAGAAUAAGAAUUAAAGUCAUUAAAAACCUUAUAAUGCAACAUUAGUUGUUUAAGUUUAUUUAACUAACCAUAUUGCUUUAAACCAAAUAAUGAAUGUACAGUAUUGUUUUGCAGGUUUAAUUUACAAAUAUAAUCUGUCUGAAUCUGGUUAAAACAUAUUGUCUUCCACUAACUUAAGUGCAAAGAUUUAAAAUAAAAACAAUUAUCACGUGGCAGUCAUGCGUCACUGGUAUCUUCUGUAAGUCUGAUAACAGAUAACUGAUAGUGAUUGAUACUAUUUGUAAUUUAUCACAAAAAACUUGGCACUGUUGAAAUAUGUAAUAUUUCGAUCGAUAUUUUCAAUUUUAUUAAUACAUCUGUGUUAAGUUUGCUCUUUCACUUUCCGUUAGAGUAGAGGAUAUAAUUUGAUUUAUGUCAGUGGUAUGCUGGAAAUUUAAAAUUUGGUAAAACUUUUUCUUAAAAGGUGAAAUAGCAUGAAAAUAUUUGAAAGCUGGACGGCUUUUUUUUAUUAACAACAAAUAACUCACAAUAUUUGUCCAGUGCAAUCAUUUCUCCCAAUGUCUGUACCAGCUAAACCAGAUAUCGUAGCUCAAAUCCGAAUGAAGAAAAAACUUUAAUUUUAAAUUUCCUACAAGAAAGGACCUUUCGUUUUAUCUCUAACGGUUAAGACUUUCGUAUAUCCUAAUGUUGCUAAGAAACCACUUAAUGUUUCUACAAACUCCGGUGAUUAAUUUAUAAAUUACCCAUCAUUGGGCUGAGCUUACAGUUAUGACCAUGAGAUUUGGAAAUCUAAUCUCCGAAUCCAAACAAUACCUAAUUCUUCAUAUAAUUCUUAUCCCCUAAUUUACCAAUACCCAUCUCUAGAGUCUGGGGUAUAUAUAGGCUAAAUAUAUACGCAUACAAAUGAAAGUGAAAAAUAUUUUAUCUUAAUUAUUAAUAGUUGACAUAGAAAGUCAAUUAACACUUACUUUCCAUCAAAAGUUUUUAGUUAUUUAUAUUUAAAACUAUGCUUAUUGUACAUAUCGAUACAUAAUUUGGUUAUGAUUUUUAUGUUUAACUUUUAUUACUUUCAUAUUUAUUUUUUUGGUAAAUUAAUUUUGAGCAUCAUUAUUUAACUUUUAACGAAGGAUAUUUUUUUACAAAGCACGUUUUGCUGCUUGCAGGGAAGCAAUAUCAUAUAUUGAGGCAGUAGAUUGUGAAGUCUGAUUGGAUGUAAAAUAAACUAAUCAAAUACACGGCGCUUCCACCUGUGA